AUGAAACGCAAAGGUAUAAAGUAUGGUUAUUCAACGAAUAAAACACUUCGAUAUUGUCAAGAUUGUAAUCAAAGUAGAAUAGACAACAUAUGCGAAAAUUGGUCAUUAAACAAAAAAGGUAGAUGGAAAAUAGUUGAGUUAUUGAAAUAUCGUAUAAAUGAGCAACAAUCGAAUAAUAAUGAAAGAAAAAUAGUUGUUCGUGGUUAUUCUAAUUUUAUACAAUACAAUGGUUAUUUAGAUAAUUUAAGGGAACACCCGCCCAAACAUUUGAAAUUUAAUUAUCCAGAUUUCGUUUAUAUUCCCUAUGUGAGUUAUAUCAAAAUUGAUCAAGAUAAAUUAAUAAAAGCAUUAAACGAGGGCAGUUCAUAUCUUAAAAAUAACAAUACUGAUGAUAUAUUCGAUAUUAAUAGUACGAGUAAAGUUGCAUUAAUUUACAUAUUAAAACCCAAGCAUCGUUUUUCGUCCGAUUGCAAAUUGGCCUAUCAACAUGCAUAUGGUGGAAGUUAUGCAGAAUUUUCAACAGUUUGUACUGGUAUACAUUGUAAUCUUGGAGCAAUAAUUAAUGGACAUAUCACCAGUGAUAAUCAAAUUGAUCGCGUUCUAUUUAUGUACAUAAAUGAUUGUCAGAAAAAUGACGAAAAUGGCAGAUGGGGAUGUUGCCGUCAAUCAUAUUCAGGGAAACAAUAUCGAAAUAGUGACAAGGAGUGGAGAAGUUUACUCAAAAAACGUAGAAGUGAAAAUGCUACAUUUUUGAUGAAUAAUUAUUAA